UCAAUGAGUAUAAAGUAACAAAUUUCAACUCUUUCCUGAGUUCUUCUGCAUCCGAGUAAGCCAGURUCCUUCGGUGUUGUGCGCAAUUUUUGAAACGCGUGRUUUUGGAGUAAUAUCAACGUCGUUAUCAAUUCAAUUUACGCUUCACGGGUCAUUGUCGAACAGUACUUGAUCAAGGUCGAAGGAAUGUUUGCUGAAGUGUGCGCGCGCAUGUUCGCUAAAUCGCCAAGCACCUUCCAAGUUGUACGCUGGUUCCCCGCUUCAGCUGAUAGUUAUGAAGAUGUGCCUAUUACAAUGGAUAUAAUCGAAGGUCCAGUUCGUUACAGGAGAAGGAAGAAGUGGAAGUCCAGAUGGGCUGUUCUCCGUAGAGUCAAUCCGGCCUCUGAUGUUCUUAACCUUGUGCUGUACCAAGAUCAAGUCAGUGCGAGAUCAAGACAAAAAGAAAAGGCCUUUAUUUCAUUAGAAUCAUUCUCUGGGCUGCAGCUACUCAACAAACUAGACAAACACUACAACAUUAUCAUUGCCAUCACAGCUAAUCAAGUUGUCAAGUUGAGUUUUCCAACUAUCGAGGAGAGAUCUGAAUGGGUAAUUCACUUACAGAGACAUUUUGGACAAGAGCAAUCAUUUGAUGGUAUAAUCCCAAACAAACAAAAGAUUAAGUCAGGCGAAGCAACACUUCGCUUCUACAAAACGUUUUUUAGUCUGACAAGAAAGGACAACUGUCGRCAUAUUGGAAAAUGGAGUUUUGUUGACUUACCUCACUAUGGAGCUGUGUAUGGGGCUUUUGCAUUUGAAGUGAAAGAGGGUUCUUCUGGGUCAACCCAGAUGUAUUACUUUGCUACWAAGCAUGGACGAGAACUACAUCAGUUAUUUGAUUCUGUGUGUAAGGGUACUGUACCUGUUGAUAACAACUAUGUUGAACCACCUGAGUUAGAUCAUAAAACUCAAAGAUCAAUUAGUCAACCAAAUGAGGAAACGAGCAAACCCAACGUGUUUAAACGAGCUUGGCUGCGAAUGAGCCAGAGAAAAACAAAUAAAAAGCGACCACGAAGUCAAAGUGAGCCUYGAGCGAGAAGACGAGUGCCAUCACACGAAAGAAGCGCUUUAGCAUCUAGAGAACUUCCAGAUGAACCCGGAAAGGAGAAGCAACAAACGCCGCAGAAGCCACAAGAUAGUGAAAGUCGAAACUCAACAAGUCGUCGAAUGACAACCCCAGAAGGGUACGAAAUAAUGGACGAUGAUGUUGCUGAAUCUUCCACUAUUUCACGGAAGAACAGAACAAGCCGAACGUCAGAGACUUCAAGUGCCGAUGGGACCGUAAUCAGUCGAUCGUCAGUGCCAGAUAAACCUGCUAUUACUGAAGAACCAGAUGACCCUGAUGGUUAUGUCAUGGUCGAUGGAAUGGACAUCGAAGAAAUAGUAAAAGAAGCUGAGAGAAGGGUCCAAGAAGAAACUAAAAGAGAAGCAGAGAAAGAGAUUAGUGCCCAGAAGGAAAAAGCUGAUAACGAAAGUGCUGCGCGGUUGUGUGAUGAUACGUUGACUGGUGCGAGUGCUCAAGAAGUCAAGGAUCAGGCGUCAUCAAGUGUUAAGGCAAAUGACGAAAAUGAGAAGUCAGAAGUCGAGAAGCGGUCAGAAAGUAACGAGAAGAAAGAUAAUCGUGGAAGUGUAGGUUAUGAUAACGUUGACCUGCCAUUUGCAGCUCCACCUGCAAUGGUCGAACCAACCGUCACUACCAAWUCUACUCCCAAAGCACCGGUCCGACCAAAGAGCCUCGACACCAAGCAGGAGGUGAAAGUCAACGUGAACAAAAGUCGAAGAGGAAUGAGAAAACCUCCUCCAGAUAUCAUUCUUUCCCCAAACGACGUSUCCAGCCCCGAAAGUCCGUACGUUAACUCGCCGCCUUUGGUGAAAUCAGUCGACUAUGUUAACAUUCCAGGCAGUAAUUCGAGAGGGUUUAGUAAUGGCAUCAGAAAUAGAAGCAAAAUACCAAAUAGUGGUAAAUCCUCAAAGAAACUACUUAACCCUUAUGAAAAAUAUGACGGUAACGAUGACUCCAUAUAUCAUAGUGUAGAAUCUCUYCUCCCAGGGAAUCCUGCCUAUCAAAACAUACGGGCUGAAUCGAAUCGUAGCCAAAGCUUUGACAAUAUUCAUGGACAUGCCUAUAGCAAUCUACCUGGUCAUGCUAUGAACGGCCAGACAUACCAGAACAUUGGACCAGCAGGCCAGCAGGCGUAUGUUAACGUAACGCCUCGAAGGAGAAGAUUUCAGAAAAACGAAAAUACCCAUCAGUUGAACUAUAUCCAGGUAGAAGGAACGGAUGGAAUGCCUGGUCUGUCGGGACAACCAUCAUUUUCAGCACCGGUUGAGCAACAAAACUCAGCAAAAUCACCAUCCAGUGAAUACACGUGGAUUGACGAGAGUCGAACACGACUUCUAAAAGAAACGGCUCGUAUGCAUUCGGAUUUACGAAAGGAAAACCUACCAAAAGUGUCAAAGAAAUAUUAGCUUAGUCCUUAAAUUAAAAGUGCCGCAGACGAUUGGAAGAGGAAAUAUGAGAAAUGGAUUGUAGAGUAAUGAGAAUCUUGGAAUUCGCAAAAUUGGACUCGGGCCCAGAGAGAUGGAUUGAGGCUUUUUAAACAUGCAAUUUUGUAGGUAAAAGAAAACUAAAUAUCAAUUGAUGACUGAUAUCAUCAUGUAACAUGGCAGCCAUAGCUUGCAAACGUAUCUCUCACAACGGACUGGAAACUGUCACGGCUUAUCAAAGAAAGUAUUUCUAUGUUCAGUGUCUUCUUGACAAAAGUUAGCGACCGCUUACGACCUUCAAACAAAUUAAGUUAGAAGUAGAACGAAAAAGAAUGCUUUAAGUAAAAUGGGCCUUCUUAAUCUGAAUUUCAUUCCUUAUCACACGGAAAACUACUUGAACUUUAGAUACAGGAAUUAUCUCACGGAUAACCAUUGAUCAUAAGGACUGAGUAUAUAUAUUGACUUGUGGGAUCUAUCCUGUUGUUGCUUAGCUAUAGCUGCUAUGUACUGAGCAGUGGGUUUAAGUCAACUGAGACAUGAUUGAAGUGUAGAUGGCUUAGGAAAAAGGAAACGGUAAAUGUGAUAAACUCWUGUGAAUUUUAAGCUAGAAUAGUAACGAACGUAUUAUGAGUGCCUUCGCAGYCARGAAUAGGUCUCAUUCUGGAGUAUGGUUAAGGUCUAAAAUGCWAUCAUUUGGUAWAUAGUUUUYUAAAUGGUCGUUUUCCUUAAUGACGUAUUGCCUGUGUUUUGGCAAAGUGCAUCUUGGUAAUGAUAAGAGAAUCAAGAUGGCGGUCGUCUUUUUAAACCUGCAAAGGACCAAAUUUCUUUGCGAAAUUAACGUUAUCCGUUGUCGAGAACGCUUUGGAAGAACACUAAAUAAGAUGUUUUCUGUCACCUUAAAAUGUGCUUCAAAGCAUUCUCGAAAAUGGACAAUGCUGUUAAUUUUGCAAAGACUUGGGCUUUCUCCAAGGACACUUUAUUGUCGGAAAUGUUUGCAUUAUGAAAAUGUCAUGUUACAAUCACUGGUUGCCAAAAGCGUUAAUGCCGGGAAGUGCACCAGAUAUAAGAGUUCUUGUGGAUUCGAAAGUCAAACAAAGCGGUCUGCAAACAUUUUCGUCAUGGUAUGGACAAAGCCUUAUAUAUUAGGGACAAAGAUAAUUCUGUCCUUGCAUGGGUCUUGUGGUGUGCUACGCSGGUAUUGGAAACAAAUUAUACAGCUGUAAUAUACAAAAUUAAUGAGAAUAUUUGGCAAAUUUUAGUAGAUAGUUUCUAUCAUUUUCGACGAUUUUGUUUUGUAUCUUUUUUAUACCUUACAUCACCAGUCAUGAAGUCAACUAUAUGUCAUAAAUAAAACUUUAUUGGUAAACAAAAAAAAGCCUGUGAGUUUAUAUGUGUAUAUGUGCGUGUGUGUCAAUGUGUGUGUAUCCACCAAGUACACAAAAGCCCCGUAUAAAAGUGACUUAGAUUUAGAGGGGCRGGGCCAUUCGUUCUCCAAAACAGUCAAAGUUAAACCCUUUGAAAUAAGGUCGUAUUUCAUUGGAUUGGCGGGUGAAGGGGGUGUUAACUCCCCUCACUGGAAAAAAUCGCGCGCUUUUUUUUUCUUAUCUAUCAGCGGUGUCUGACAUUUUCAA